UCCCACAAGAGCUGCCAAUAUGGCAGGCUCUAUGGACAUAUCUUGCGCACAGUGAGCUACUCCAUGCUCCUGUGUCCUUGUUUGCUGCCGUGCUUCUGAUUUUUGCUCUCUCUCUUACACCUCCAUCCUCUCUCCUCGCGAUCCUUCCUCUCUGUUUCGUGACUCCGAUCAACACUCAACCAUCCCUUCCCGCACAGAGACUCGCGAUCCCUUGCCCUCGACUCGCAUUGAUCGAGGCACUGCAUUUUGAGGGAUGGCGCACCACAAAUGCUCAAAGAAAUUCCUCGGUAUCUUGUGCAUAGCCGGAGUUGUUGUCAUGUGGGUCGGGUCGUCUGAGCUUAUCCAGAUCAUUUUUGAUGAUCGGAAUUUCGCGAGACCAUUCUUCCUGACUUACUUCUCAACGUCGCUAUUCUGCAUCUACCUCCUGGGUUUCUUGUUUUUAUCUUCGUGGCGCAAUGGAAACAAGGCUCCAUCCACCGAUGGCAGUUCAACAAUAGAGGAGAGCCGUGCUAUGUUGCUGGAUUCAGCUGCCACGGAGGAGGAUGCGUUGCCGCCGGCAACUAAGCAUGAAUCCCCGCAAGGAUUCAAGACCGGUUGGCAGACGGCAAUGCUUGCAGUCCAGUUCGUUCCCCUUUGGUUUGCUGCAAACUGGACUUUCAAUGCAAGUCUAUGCACGAAGUGUGGAACAGGAACGACGGUUGCAUCAAGUACAGUCAUAAGCUCUUCAUCGUCGUUCUUCACGUUGAUAAUGUCAGCGUUGGUUCUGAAAGAACAUCUUUCUUGGGUCUUUGACUAUGUCGAGUUAAUGUUAAAUGAUUUCUAUCUUCUGCAGAUCAAAUUUUUAUCAGUUCUGAUGAGUUGUGGUGGAGUGGUACUAGUGACGGAGUUUGAUGAGGGUUC